CAGAGGCGAACUGACAACUCAUGGGGCCCCCGGGCAAUAGGGGAUCAUGGGGCCCCUGUGUCCUUGCCCAAACUCAAAAAAGCCUAUGAAAAAGGUACCAGGGGCAUCUCAUGGGGCCCCCUACUGACCCCGGGCCCUCGGGCAGUGCCCGAGUUUCCAAAUGGUCAGUCCGCCCCUGUGCUGCACUGAUAUGCAACAAUAAUGGGCACUGAUAGGCUGCACUGAUGGGUGGUACUGACUGACAACCCUAGCGCUAGAUGGUCUUGUCCCAGCACUGCAUGGCAGCAACUCAAUGCAUUU